AUGGCAGGUGGAAGUGGAAAAGCACAAACAACUUGUGGAAAAUGCGGGAAAAACAUCCCCAAGUCACAGUAUUCCAAACAGUGUGACAAAUGUAAACACUGGUUUCACCUAAUAUCAUGUACUAAUCUAAAUGAAGUAGAUGUUGAAGUAAUGAAGAAACUGCAAAAUAAAUGGUUUUGUGAAUCCUGCAAAAGUCGUGUGGAAAAUGAAGCCAGAAAAUCGUUGACUGCAAGUCAUAGUCAACAGAAUACCCCCACAGCGGAGGCCUCGGACGAGUAUAAUAUGUCGUCGAUGACAGAAAUUCUACAGCAACUUAAAGAGCUAAAUCAGGAAGUCCGUGAUCUGAGAAAUGAUGUGAAAUUUUACGCUGAUAAGUAUGAUGAGCAAUUGGCAAUAAAUACAUCUUUGUCUGAGAAAAUUCAAAAUAUGAAGAGAGAUUUUAAGAAAAUUAAUAUAGAGCUCGUAAAUCUUAAAGGAAAAUCCAAUUUGGCAGAAAAGGAAAACAGGAAAAACAAUGUAGUCAUCCUGGGAUUAAAAAAUACGGUGAAUGAUUGUAAAACCAAACCUAAGGAAGUCAUCGACAAGGCGAGUAAAGUACUAAAUUUCAUCGAACCAGAUCUGGCACUGAAUAAUGUUAAAAUAAAAAUAGCAAAUAACACCAAAGAAAACUCUCCAAUAAUUGUUUCUUUCGAAAGUUUUGAAGAAAAACUAACUUUUUUGGCAAGAAGAAGAGAGAAAGGAAGAAUAACAUCUGAUAAAUGUGAAUUGAGUGGAAAGGACCCUAUUUUCAUUAACGAAGACAUGGACAGGGACCAGAGAGAGCUCUUCAAAGAGGCGAGGGCACUGAGGCAAAGAGGUUUCAAGUUUGUAUGGGCUAGAGGAGGAAAUGUGUUUGUAAGGAAAAUUGAAGGGAGCGAAAGAAUAAAAAUAGUGAGUAGGGAUGACAUACAAAACCUGUAUUAA